CGAGGGGCCGGGGGGAGCCCGCCCGGAGCCCGCCGGGACCUGCCGCGGGCACUGGCAAUGUCAUCCUGCUGAUAGGACCCUCAUGACACACAGCAGCAUCAUGGUGGAUGUAGGCAAGUGGCCAAUAUUUACCUUGCUGUCACCUCAAGAAAUAGCAUCCAUUCGGAAGGCGUGUGUGUUUGGAACAUCGGCCAACGAAGCUAUUUACAUAACGCACAAUGAUGAGGUAUUUGUUUUUGGACUGAAUUGCAGUAAUUGUUUGGGAACUGGAGAUAAUCAGAGCACAAUAGUACCAAAGAAAUUAGAAGCCUUAUGUGGAAAGAAGAUCUCCAGUCUCAGUUAUGGAAGUGGACCCCAUGUUGUACUUUGUACUGAAGAUGGUGAAGUGUAUGCUUGGGGACAUAAUGGUUACAGCCAGCUUGGAAAUGGCACAACCAAUCAGGGCAUUACUCCUGUUCAAGUUUGCACAAAUCUGUUAAUAAAGAAAGUGGUGGAAGUAGCUUGUGGCUCUCAUCAUUCCAUGGCGCUGUCAUUGGAUGGGGACCUGUACGCUUGGGGCUAUAACAACUGCGGUCAGGUUGGAUCUGGAUCUACGGCAAACCAGCCAACUCCUCGCCGCGUUUCAAACUGUUUGCAGGGUAAAAUUGUCGUUGGCAUUGCUUGUGGUCAGACCUCCUCCAUGGCUGUAGUAAACAAUGGUGAGGUUUAUGGCUGGGGUUACAAUGGCAAUGGCCAGCUGGGGCUGGGAAACAACGGCAAUCAACUCACACCCUGCAGAGUGGCAGCGCUGCACAGUGUGUGUGUGCUCCAGAUUGCCUGUGGCUAUGCGCACACACUAGCACUAACAGAUGAGGGUUUGCUCUAUGCCUGGGGAGCUAACACUUACGGGCAGCUGGGAACUGGCAAUAAAAGUAACCAGCUAAGCCCGGUGCAGAUCAUGAUGGAAAAAGAAAGGGUUGUGGAGAUUGCAGCCUGCCACUCUGCUCACACGUCAGCUGCCAAGACCCAGAGUGGCCAGGUGUACAUGUGGGGCCAGUGCCGAGGGCAGUCCGUGACCUUCCCCCACCUCACUCACUUUGCCUGCACUGAUGAUGUGUUUGCUUGCUUUGCUACCCCUGCCGUUAUGUGGCGUCUGCUGUCAGUAGAACAUGAAGACUUUUUAACAGUAGCAGAGUCUCUGAAGAAAGAGUUUGACAGCCCGGAAACCUCAGAUCUGAAGUUCCGUGUGGAUGGAAAGUACAUCUAUGUACACAAAGCUGUUCUGAAAAUCAGGUGUGAACACUUCAGAACAAUGUUCCAGUCAUACUGGAAUGAGGAUAUGAAGGAAGUGAUAGAAAUAGACCAGUUUUCUUAUCCUGUGUAUCGUGCCUUUCUUGAGUACUUGUAUACAGACAGUGUUGACCUUCCACCUGAAGAUGCAAUAGGGCUUUUGGAUUUGGCUACGUCGUACUGUGAAAACAGACUGAAAAAACUGUGUCAGCACAUCAUCAAGAGAGGAAUUACUGUGGAAAAUGCAUUUUCAUUGCUCUCUGCUGCUGUGAGAUAUGAUGCAGAGGACCUAGAGGAAUUCUGCUUUAAGUUUUGUGUCAAUCAUUUGACAGAAGUGACACAAACUACAGCAUUUUGGCAAAUGGAUGGUCCACUGCUAAAGGAAUUCAUUGCUAAAGCCAGUAAAUGUGGAGCCUUUAAGAACUGACAUGAGGCUGUAAGUUACGGUGCUGGUAGGGAGGUUUUUUGCAGUUCCAGCAGGAUGCCAUAAGUGCACGGGUACAGCAAGCAUUACGUGGUCUCUCGCACCAGAAGACGUGAAAGGCCACAGUGAAAACAAAUGUUUUCAGUGCUCCAGAGUGAACUGAUGUAAAAAUGUCAAGCAAAAUAUUCACCUUCAUUUAACCAAGUUGGAUGGUGGAACCAGCUCAAGAUUUGAGACAGGAAAUGCUGCAGUAUGCAAAGGGUACUGGCCGGUGUUACGGACUUACCUUUCUAGCCUAGGAAAUCUCAGUUCUGGCACUGCCUGCUCCUGUGUUCAGUUUACGUUUUGGGGUCGGAGCCACUGAAUGAUGUCACUUAAAUCAUUAACUCCCUGGGAUUAUAGAGAAGCAAAUGGCAUGGUUAUUUCUUACUGCAUUUGCAUGAUAUUGAAUGAGUUGACCAUUUGCUGUGUGUAAUUAACCAAGUGUAUCCAGUGCUUAAAGUGUGCAAAAAUAAUGUAUCCUCAAAGCCUAGGCAAGUGACUUUGAGGAAAGGAGUUACUAGCAAAACUAAUUGGGAGUAAAUCUCUAUAUUUGGGUAUAUUUUAAUAUAAGUUGUAAUAUGUACUUUGUGUAAUCUGUUCAAGCAAUAUUUAUAAUACUUAAUGGAAAUAAUUCCCUCUUCAGUGACUUCAAAUUACAUUGGUUCCCUCAGAGGGGAAGGGAUAUACUGUACUGAAAGUUGGGUGGGGUUUUGCUUUUAAGUACUGUCUAAACUUAAACUAUAUGUAAUAAAAUUUAAUUUUUUUUGUACCUGUU